AAAAAAAGUACGACAUUAGAAAAUCCUAUUCUAGUUCUAAUUUUUGUUCAAAUCAUUUUUAUGUAUCAAGUAUCCUUAAAAGGUAGGGAGAAAGUACUUUAGAAAAAACAUGAUUUUUGUAUCGUCAACACAUGGAAAAAACAUGAACUUUCAUGUGCCGGCAUUGGCUUUCACAAAAUUUCAUUAGAUUCAAAAAACAUCAAGUUAAUAUUUCAUAAAUCAGAAACAAGUAAUAACUAAGUAAUGUUUCUACUGUAAACAACAGGACGCUAGAAAUUAUUUUUUCCAUAUACAAUUCUGUAACUAUAACCAACUUGUGACAUGUAGUAUAAUAUAGUCCUUUAAAAGAUAUUUAUUACAUUCUUUACAAUUUUAAGUGUCGGUUCAUCCUGUAGUUUUAACAGGAUUAAUUUAUAUGAAUUGUUGAUACAGAUAACAACUGGAAACCUACAAUUUUAAUAACAUGGGCAAUAAAAUGGUAGAUUACAAUUGACAGAAAUUCCUAGUAAUCCGUUAAAUAUUCAAAAUACUUCCAAUCGUUUGCUGUUCCCCAAUUAAGAAUGUAUAUACAUUGCCCAGGAGAAGGGGGAGCUAGAAUAGCAAUCUAGUAAAGUGUAAUACUGUCCUGGUAUAAAACAAUUUAUUGUUCUUUACAUGAUGCCAGUUAAUUUUCGGCUAACACAAUUGAAGUGAGUAAGAUGAAAACAAGACCGCAUGAGAUACUAGCGUACUAGUUGUCUUACUAGCCUUCUAGCUAAAAAAGAAACUAUUUUUCUAGCCACAAUCACUAGCUUACUAACGCUAACAAAUGAAUCUCAUAAUGUACAGACAUUUUUUGUGAUCGGAAAAUUGCAUAUUAUUUAUACAAUGGCAUUGUAUAAAGAAUAGGAUAGUAGGUUAACCUUAUGAGGAUAUCAUUUAACGAGGUGGACGCCACCAAUAGAUGGCAGUGGAGAGUUGCCGUCCACAGCACGUCUUUUCUUACUGUACGUCGUAGCUUGAAUUACGUGUUUUCUUAGCUUUGGUUGCCGAAUUAUCCAAAUAACAGAUGGCGCCAAAAUUAUUUAAAAUAUUAUAUUCAACCCUUAAGCUGUGUUGUAAAGUUUCUUAUUUUGGGUGCCUAUAGCAAAAUUGCAAUUUGAGUUCAUUAUUGUAUUGUGUUCGUUGUGUUAUUGUUGAGUUUCGUUGAUUGUGCAUUUAGAUUAUUUUUUUAUUUGAGAAUCUUUGAACUUGGAUUUCUAUUUCAUUUUUAAGAAAAAAAAUUAAGCAAAGUGACUUUCGAAACUCGGUAAAUUAUCUGUAAUACGAAUUUAAUGAAAAUCAAUAGGAGAAAUAAGCUGGGUAAAUUGUUGAAAUCGGAAGAAAUGUAAUGAAAGAAGAAGAUGCAGAAAAAGUAUGGUUAUAUUUACGUUUUGAAAUUUGUUAUAAACAUAACGUAUGCUUAGAGUGUAAUUAUUAAUAAUAAAAAUAAUUUAUAAUUAAAAAUGAAGCUAUACUGCUUAAGUAACGAUCCUAAUAAGCCCUGUCACAUUUUAACUUUUCGUGAGAUAACCAUGAUGUUGGAUUGCGGUCUUUCAAUGCAAUCUGUUUUAAAUUUUUUACCGCUUUCGUUCGUACCUUCCAACAAAUUGUCGAAUUUACCAAACUGGAUGCCGAGCGAUACGACAGACCCCGAUUUAGAAGGCGAGUUGAAGGAAAACGGCGAUAGGGCGUUCGUAGAUUCGCCACCCGAAUUUUGUCCACCUUUAGAUAAAUUGAUAGAUUUUUCUCAAGUAGACGUUAUAUUAAUUUCUAAUUAUUUAUGUAUGAUGGCUUUACCGUUCGUAACGGAAGGUACGGGCUUUAAGGGCACUAUUUACGCUACUGAACCAACUUUACAAUUCGGAAGAUUACUUUUAGAAGAAAUAGUUCUUUAUAUCGAACAAUGUCCCAAAUAUAAUUUCGCUUCACAAUGGAAAAAUUUCAUAAGUAAAUGUCCCUAUCCUUUAAAUGAAGCUUUCAAACCAAAAUCUUGGAAACAAAUUUAUAAUAAAAGUAAUGUCAACUCGAGUUUAUCUAAAAUACAAAUGGUGGGAUACAACGAGAAAAUCGACGUAUAUGGAGCGUUACAAGUAAUUCCAGCUAGUUCAGGUUUGUGUUUAGGUUCGGCCAAUUGGAUAAUUAGUACUGAACAUGAAAAAAUUGUUUAUUUGAGCGGGUCUAGUACAUUAACCACACAUCCGAGACCAAUGGAUCAUCAUGCUUUAAAAAACGCCGAUGUCUUAAUAAUGACGGAUUUAACUCAAACUCCAAUCAGUAAUCCGGAUUCUAUGUUGGGAGUACUUUGUGUCGUCGUUGGUUUGACGUUGAGAGGUGGCGGUAACGUACUCAUACCCUGUUACCCUACGGGCGUAGUUUACGAUCUUUUCGAAUGUCUUUCUGGCAAAAUGCAAGAAUUGGGUGUAUCAAAUUGUCCGAUGUUUUUCGUAUCUCCAGUAGCCGAUAUGUCUUUAGCGUAUUCUAAUAUUAUGGCCGAAUGGUUAUCGUCAGUUAAACAGAACAAAGUUUAUUUACCAGACGAGCCGUUCCCACACGGUUUAUUAGUGAGAAAUAACAAAUUGAAACAUUUCAAACAUAUUUUUUCCGAAGGUUUCAGUACCGAUUUUCAAGAGCCUUGCGUCGUUUUUUGCGGUCAUCCCAGUUUACGAUUCGGCGACGUCGUUCAAUUCAUUGAACUCUGGGGUAACAAUCCACGUAAUUGUAUCGUCUUUACAGAACCGGAUUUCGAUUAUAUCGAGGCUCUCGCUCCUUACCAACCGUUACAAAUAAAAGUGGCUCAUUGCGCAAUCGAUACUUCAUUGAAUUUCACUCAAGCCAACAAAUUGAUCAAAGACCUAAAACCGAAAACUUUGGUCGUUCCCGAAUGCUACACACAACCGCCGGUCUCGGCGCCGAAUUUAACAGAAUUAGUUAUCGGCAAUCAUAGCGAAAGUUCGGUAAUACCUUAUAAAUGGGGCGAGGUAUUGAAUUUACCUUUAAAAAGAAAACAGGGUCAAGUUUAUAUCGAUACGACGGUAGCUAGACAAAUCGUACCCGUCGAAGUGAAACCCGGUAUCAGUCUAUCGACAGUAACAGGAUGUCUCAACGUUAAAGAUAAUGUUCGAAAUAUACAGGAAAUUAAGGAUAAUAAUGUAUCUACUAAUCAAUCUAUCAAAUACGAAUGGGGCGCUCUGAAUUCACAUGAAUUUUUACAAAAAUUAGCGCAAGAGGGUGUUACCGACGCUAAAGUCGAAUCAUUAGGAGGUAACGUCGUCGUUAUACAUUUGCAAGACGAAGAUGCACUAAUUCAAUUAGAAGACAAUAACACUCAUGUAGUUUGUAACGCAGACGAAAAUUUAAGAAUGAAAUUAAGAAAUAUAGUUAUGCAAUGUCUAAAACAAUUUUAAAUAAAAUCACUUUCCACUUUGCA